AUGUGUUGCCGUGCUGUCUUACGCACCCGCUCGUCCUUCGUAUCUGGCAUCGCUUCCACGCAUGGCUGUGUGCCGCUCGUAGCAGUGCGUCGGUGGUGCGUGACAACACGACAACGCGGCUCCGCCCCAUCUGGUGCACCGUCCACAGAUGGAGAGGCGGUCGUUCGUGCUGCGAAGUGGAACUCGUCAAACUUCGAGGAGCGACUGGGUUUCUCUGCUGGGGAGACUAUCACGGAGGAGCGUCUGAAGCGCCACUACUACCUUCUCGCUAAGCACUACCACCCCGAUACGGCUGCGGGAAGCGCCGGCAGCAGCGGCGCAACGCACAAUAGCCAGGCAAGCGCUGGCAGUGAGGGGGCUUUCCAGAACAUAAAAGAAGCCUAUGAUGCCAUCAACGGGACGCUGAAGCGAGGCGGUCGGUGGGGCGGAAAUACCUCAGGAGGCUCUCCUGCGGCAGAAUUCGCCAAGGGUUUUGAGUACUCGGAUGGAGCACGACGUCGCGCUCAGAUGCGACUCCUUGGCGACGCGGUCCUGCUCUUUAUGUUCACGACAGUGGCCUUUAUUAUGAUUGUAAGCGGUCACAACAAGUCACGGAUGCAGUCUCGCUACCUUUGGCACCUGGUUGGGAUCUUCUUUAUAAUUCAGCUCUUCCCAAGGCUGUUGGCCGCGGCCAUCCUCUUCGCUGCGCAUUCGUCGUAUCUGCUUGAGAGGGCGACGCUGCAGGAGCAAGCUGCUAUCUCGCUCAUCGUGGAGAGGACUGAGAGAGCCUGCUCUGUGAAACUGGACGGUCUCAGUGCCGAGGCGCAGCCUCACGUUGUCGUCCAAGUAACCACGACAGCAGAGAGCAAUGCAGCAGCUGUAGAAGCGGUGUCCUCGACUCUCACCUUCGACAAGGGCAUCACAGCAUUCACGCUCCCUGUGCCUGUGGAUUCGAGCUCCGUCUACUACAUCAAAGUAGUGGAUGAGGCGCGCAAGAUAGUGCUGGUGGAUCGGGCGCUCUCGGCCGGAAUGCAGGCCCCGGCCUAG